AUGAGGCGGCCGUUCACGGUGCUGGGGCUGGUGGCAGCCUACGCACUGUUUGUGACGCGUCUGGGCCCCUGGAUGAUGCGCGACCGGAAGCCUUUUAAACUCAAAAGGACACUCAUCGUGUACAACGCCCUGCAGAUCAUCGCCAACGCCUACGUCUUCUACAUGGUUGGAUCUCAAUUUUGGUUUUCGACCUACAGUUGGCGGUGCGAACCAAUUGACACUUCGAAUUCACCCAGUGCUCUAGAGAUGAUCCGGCUGAUAUAUAUUUACUUCUGGUUGAAGAUAGCCGAUUUAUUCGACACCAUAUUUUUCGUUCUACGCAAGAAAAACCAACAAAUCUCUUUCCUGCACUUGUAUCACCACAGUAAUAUGGUGAUUCUUGUGUGGGCCGGCCUGAAAUAUUUUCCAGGAGGCCACGGGACAUUUUUGGGUUUGCUCAACACGUUCGUGCAUGUUUGCAUGUACACUUAUUACCUCAUUGCGGCAGUAUACCCUCAUAAUAUCUGGUGGAAGAAGUACGUGACACAGCUUCAACUGGUUCAGCACACGAUGGUAGGGCUGCAUCUGGCGCAGCUGUUCGUGUCCAACCCCUGCAACUUCCCGAUGUUGGGGCCGCAGUUGUUGGUGCCACAGUGCAUUUUUCUCGUCCUCCUCUUCUCGCACUUCUAUCAGCGCACAUACGGCCGGAAGGCGGCGCAGGACACUAAAGCCAAGGCCUCCUAG